AUGAGUCACAGCCUAGUGCUGUCAGCCAAGGAGUCAUAUCCGUCGCCCGAGCGUACUAUCACUGAGCGGGGCCACAUGGGUAGCGAGACGGCCGUGCUCAUGAAGGCCUCGCCAGAGCCUUGCGGGAACUAUGAGGUGAUGGGACCCGAGUUGAAAUUGGUGUGGCUGAAAUGGCUGCCUGAGAACGAUCGCUAUCGUGUGGAAGCCUGGGUGCCUCAGGACUAA